AACCAACGAUUGCGAGACAGCAGCUACACCGCACUGGUGCGUUACUGCAACGCCGAUGCGAGCAGCUGCAGCAGUGCUGCGCUUGUUAUAGUAAAGUACAUUUUCUUCUCCACUAGCCACCACCCGGGUGCGUGCAAUACGGUGGCUGUUAGACUGAACGAGCGGUGGCUGUUUUCUCUUCCACGGCCGUUCCCGUGAUACGACCCCCCCACGCGUCCCUUCGCAAUGUGUGGGACAACAUCAUCCCCCCUCCGGCCUUGGAUGGCCGUAGUGGCGGUAAGUCCGUCGUGUUCUGUUUCGCGUCGACGGGUCGUCCGUGUCCCCUUGGUCCGUUCCGCUAGUUCCGUUACCUAUUAUCCGCCGUCUGAGUUUCGAGUGCCGCCGUUUUGUAUUUCUCGUAAUCGUUUCGGAGUGCGCGCGCCCGUUCCGUUUGGCCAUUUGUGUCGUCCGCCGUUCGUCCACCGCGACUACCGGCGGAGUUCGCUGGCCGCCGGAGGGCCUGGUGGACAUCGAGGGCUCGACUUGCACGCAACCAAUGAUAUAUGUGGACGCCGUACAAAUGGCUUUGGCUUCCAUGUUACUAUCCGACUUGGCAUUUAAAUUGUAGUAAGUCCAAACUUGGUAACAUAUAAGGUAAGUGGAUGAAUAUUAAUUAUAGAU